ACCAAUACCAGCAUAUUCCCCUUUUUCAUAGUUUACGGCAAGAUCGAUCUGGAAUGCCAGUCAAGUUUGUUGCGGGCAGCGGGGGAUCCGAUUGGGCUAGCGGCACCACUAAAAAUUAUCACGGAUUAACUAACCCGGCCACUCUGUGCAGACCCGAUUGCCGACUUUCCCCUCUACCAACUUUUCCACGGUGGAGUUUUCAUCUGCACGCCUUGACCUCCGUGACAUCCAACUUACUUACACUUCAUUCAACUGACUCCUGGAAUAUCAUCCCGGGUGUCUCUUGAAAUUUUUUCCUCGCUUACCACCCUCAAACGUUCCGUGUAAGAAGCGCGCACAAUUUCGCAGGCGCGUUUCUUGAACCUCUCGUAACCGCAAUCAUGGCGCCCGCUAAGGCCAAGGGCCAGAAGAUGAGCAUGGUGGAGUUCCUGGCAGUCGACAAGCCCUCUGGUGAUUUCAGCUGGGCCGAUGAAUCUGAGGAGGCUGGCCUCGAGCAGCCCAACGUGCCCGCCGAGAGAAGGGACACUCGCCCGUCCUAUGGUGGCUACGGAAGUAGUGGUAUGGACCGUGAGGCCCGUGGUGGAUUCGAGAGCCGUGGAUACGAAACCCGUGGCGGAUACGCUGUUCGCGAGCCCCUCGAUCUUCCCACCGAGCCCCCUUUCACUGCUCACAUCGGAAACCUUUCCUUCGAAGCCACUGCUGCCGACGUUACCGACCUCUUUGCUGAAUGUGGUGUGACCAAUGUUCGAAUUGUCGAAGACAGACAGACCAACACCCCCAAGGGUUUUGGCUACAUUGAGUUCGAGACCGUUGCCGGUCUGCAAAAGGCCCUUGACCUGUCUGGGACUACUUUGAUGGGCCGUACUAUCCGCACCAGCGUCGCCGAUCCUCCCAAGGAGACCCGCGCUGACCCCCGCGACAUGGACUGGACCCGCCGCGGCCCUCUUCCCCCGGCCCCCUCCGAGCGCCGUGCGCCCGAACGUUCCAGCUUCGGUCGCAAUAUGGAUGCUGCCUCCGACGCCGGCAGUGAGCGUGGUGGCCGCCGCAGCAACUUCGAGUCUGAUGGAAAGUUCCGCGACUUUGGCAACUGGGAGCGCAAGGGCCCUCUUUCUCCCCCGGCUGGUGCUGGCUUCCGCGAGGGUGGCCGUCCUCGCAACAACGAUGGCCCCGCACCUUCCUGGGGUGAGGGUCGCUCGCAGGAUGGUUCCCGGCCCCCGCGCCCCGAUCGUCCCGAGCGCACCGAGCGCCCCGAGCGGGCCCCUACUGCUGCCGAUAUGGACAACCAGUGGCGCACCAAGAUGCGCCCCGAUGCCGCCCAGAAGGAGCCUACCUCCCCCACCGCUCCCGCUUCUCGUCCCAGACUGAACCUGCAGAAGCGCACCGUCUCUGAGGCCGUUCCCACACCCGCCGCUGGCGCUGGUGAUUCCAAGGCUAGUCCCUUUGGUGCUGCUCGCCCCAUCGAUACUGCUACCCGUGAGCGUGAAGUAGAGGAGCGCCGUCAGGUUGCUCUUCGCCAGAAGAAGGAGAGCGAUGACAAGGCCAAGGCCGAGAAAGCUGAGAAGCAAAAGAAGGAGCCCAAGCCGGGCAUGGAUUCCAACAAGGACGCCAUUGAGCCCCCCAAGGGUGGCGGUAACUUUGAGAUCCUCCGGCGGGCCGGUGAGGAUGAGAGCAACACGACCGCUGAGAAGGAGACCGAGGAGACGACUACUACUCCGGCUGCUGCUACUGAGGAGGCCCCCAAGGAGGCCGCCUCCAAUGGCAACUGGCGAGCUGCCGAGACCCCUGCUGCCCCUGCUGAAGAUAAUGACGGAUGGAGCACUGUUGACACGACCAAGAAGCGUGGCCGCCGUGGUGGCCGUUUCUGAUUGAUCUUUGGAUACCCCGACGCAACCUCCGCUUUUCGCCUCAACUGUGGUUUGUUGGUGCACGAGGCUGGAUGAAUGAUACAUGGUUAUGGGUGUACUGAGGGGCUGCGAAAAUCCCCUUUUCGGAGGGAAUUGUUGACCGCGAUUCUUAGGGGUUCCAUGACCAACCUCAUUCAUCUGCCUUGGUCUUUUUUUUCUUCUUCACGACGGUAGUUGUUACUUCCAACCCUGACCAUCCUCAGUUCUUCCUUCUCUGCCUUUCUCACCUGCUGCUCAUGAUCUUUACCUUUUUCUUGUUUCUCUCGGGGCUAGCUUCCUGAUAUACAUCUAGUCCUCGCUCUGAUGAUUUUGGCAGUAUGAAAAGUUUUCUCCCGCCGUUUUCCUUCUGUUUUUGAUGUCAUGUCGCUGUUCGCUAUCUAGCUUUUAUUCCCAUGUGUCUUGACUCGUGUGUGAUUUUGCCCAUGACCAUGACAGCCGAUGCGAAAUGAAGAUUACCCUGAUUUCCUUCUUAUCUCCUUGUUCUGUCUCCCCUCUUAUGACUGAUCCUUGAAUGGGUCUUGCUACGUUCAUGCCUUGUCGCAGACUAGGUAGACCAGCACAGCAUUGGGCGUUGGGCGUGUGGAGUCUUUAGAGCCAUCCCGUAUUCCCAGAUCGUUCGAAUACGAAAUGACCGAAAUGAGAGACGAAGUCAUCAUUAUGAGCAUAUUUUAUGGUUUCGAUGGCCAUAUCCGGACGCUCUGCUAGAUACCUUUCUCUUUUUCGGGCCUCUUCCCCUCUCCACUUUCAGUCUCGUUACGUGUGAUUUGCAGUGCCCCGUGCGUCUCUUCUCUCCAUUUGGUCACUUCAGCUUGCGUGUGCAAGUCAUGAUGGUGCUCAUGUGUCAUGUCUCGUGUCUCAUGUUUCUUGAGUAUAGAUUGAAAUGCAGUCUUCACUGACAGACCUGGAACCACCCUUGCUAAGGGAUAUCCUUGUAGUCGAUACUGGCACUGUGUGGAGCAUGUAGAUGUAUGGCCGUCUUUCUCUCUCGAGUAGAGCGAGCAAAGCAUGCAGGCUCACGGUUGUCAGUAGCCCAAAUGAUACUAGAGUAAGCAUAAUAGAAGAUUAUUGAGACCAUUCAUUCCUCCGGCAGGCCACUGAUACUCCGUCAGGGGGGUGGUGGGACCAUCGAACCUUUUU